AUGGCUGUCGAUUCUACAGAACAAACAAACCUUCUGCGUGCAAAUGAAGACAUUGAGCUUCAACACUCGGAAGUGUCGGGGAAGGCUGUGAUCCUUCCAACCGGAAACAUCCUGCCAGAACGACGUCUUUCUGAUAUUGCCCGAGACACGAAACGAAUCUUGGAGAUAGCCUAUGGUUCUGAAGAUGGUGAUCAGAUGAAGAGUGAUUCAAUGGAAAAUACUGCAGAAAUAGAUGAAGAAUCUGAAGACGACACUGCCAACAAUCAAAGCAAAAUGGGUGGCACUGGCACUUACAACGAGACUGUGGAGCUAAAGGAGGGACAGUUUUUGAUCAAUGGUUAUGUUAUCAACCCAUUGCCAAAAAAGAAGAAAGCAACAACCAAAAGCAAGAAAAAGACAACCAAGGCGAAGAAGGACUCGAAUAAGGAAAUGAAAAAGGACUCGGAAAAGCCGAAGAAGAAGACUACAAAAAAGAAGAAACAGUCUGAUGGCACCAAUGUUUCUAACACCGCUGGUACGACAGAUACUUCUAAUGUUGGUCAGGCGGCAGACGCAUCUAUUCCAAAUUCAGAAGCCGAGUCUCUCCUUAACACAAUCGAUGAGAAUGCGGAAGGCGAACCUUCUGCUGAGGCGACCGACGGUGGCAAAGCGAAGAAGAAAAAGAAGAAAGGGAAAGGAACCAAAAAGAAGAAAAAGAAAAAGAAGAAAAAGAUUGUUGUGUUGGGUAUGCAACGAGAUGCAGCUGGUCGGAUUGUGAGGAAGAGAAAAUACAUCAAACAUAGGCAUAAGGUCGUGAAAAAGCAUCUUAUUAAGAAUGGUAAAGAUGCCAAGGUUAGCCUCGAUCCGAUUUUGGAGACCGACGAGGAUAUGGAGAAUAGUUCGCGUCAGAGUUCCGUCCACAGCCGAAACUUUCGGAGCAGCGUACAGAACUCUAGCCCAGACGGAGAUGGCUCGAAUCAUGGGCUAGAGCCUUCUGAUAGCGGUUUCAAGGAUGAACCAGAUACCGAAAGAUCCAAGACAGACGCUGGUUAUUAUUCUGACGAAUCAGACGCUUCUUUCACAUCUUCGGAGUACUCCUACUACGACAGUGAUGAUGAAGUAUCAUUUUGCUUCACUACCAGAGGAAUCGUCCUGAUCGCCUGUCUGGUCUGUCUUUCCGUCGGACUUGGUAUUGGACUUACCUACUACUUCCUUGAGCGGCGUACGAGCGGCCCUCCUACCAUACCCAUAACUUCAGCUCCAAGCGGGAGUACACCGUCACCUACUGUGGUAGUACCAACACCAAUGCCAACCUUUCUCGCACCAACGAUUUCCAGUAUGCCAAGUCUUAGUCCGACAACAGCAGAACCCACAGCAACUCCAGUCCCCACCAUCGAAACUACUACCCUGGCUCCAACAUUGAACCGUUUCGAGUACUUGUCCCAAUUGGUUACAUCCAUUUCACCAGAGUACAUGCUAUCUGGAACUCCACAGGCGAACGCCUUUGAAUGGAUGACGACGAGGGACUUGAUCAACUGGUCUGAUCUUCAAGACCGCGAGUUGUUGGAACGAUAUAUCUUUACCGUCUUUUAUUUCGCAAUGGGAGGCAGUCAAUGGAAUAGAGAUAAGGACUGGUUAUCGGAUUUGCAUAUUUGCGAUUGGUAUGGGCUCGCGUGCUAUCUGGAUGUCUUUGUAGUGGACAUUUUUCUCGAGGAGAACGGUAUGAUUGGCAGGCUGCCUGUUGAACUUUCGAAUCUCAUGGACCUGGAAAGCAUAUCAAUUGAGUUGAACGUCGUCGAAGAGGGCUUACCAUCAGAACUCGGCAGCUUGACCAAGUUGACUGAUCUGGCAUUGAGUUCCACGGCAAACUUGGACUUUCAAGGAUCCUUGCCCAGUGAGAUUGGGAAUAUGAGCAAUCUACGACGACUUCGAAUGCGGAGUAACGGACUGACAGGAAUGAUACCAGGUGAAAUUGGAAUGUUGUCGAUGCUCACAGAGCUAGAUCUUUCCCAAAACGAUUUGUCUGGUUCGAUUCCGGAUACUAUCACCAGUAUGGACAAUCUCCGCCUUAUUAAUCUCUCAUGGAAUCUGUUUGAUGGAAGCAUUCCCAGCUCACUUUUCAACUUGACGCAAUUGGUGUCAUUGGAUCUAGACAUUAAUUACUUCAACGGACCAGUGCCAGAAGACUUUGUGAAGCUCAGCAAUUUGGAAGUUCUUUCAAUUGCUCAAAAUACCCUGACAGGAACAUUGCCCGAGAACAUGGGUGAAAUGACAAUGCUCCAGUCACUACGACUACAAAAUAAUGUCAUUCGAGGGACAAUUCCAUCAGAAGGGACUUGGGGACGCCUGACUAACAUGGAGUACCUCUUCUUGUCUUCGAAUCAAAUUAGUGGUACCAUUCCAAGCUUUCUUGGAAACAUGUCUGGUCUCUUAUGGUUGGACUUGAGUAAAAACCUGCUCACUGGUAUCGUACCAAGCGAAGUCAAGAACUUGACCUCUGCCGCCAUCGAUGUUUACGACAACAAGUUGGACGCACCUUAG